GGAUAUUUUUUUCGGCCUUUCAGAAGCUAAAGCAACAAGUUUGUGUUGCGUUAGGACUUGUUUUCUGCUUGAUUUCAGGAAAUGGUUGCUUAGAAUACUCGUAUAAAGCAAGAAAAAGAAUGAAGAAACUUCUAUCGAUGCUGGAUAAAGAUUGUUUAUCUUUGUAUCAGCCUAAGACUUACAGCUUUGCCGGGCCGGAGGCGGCGAUGGAGCGCUUCGGGGUGAAGUCGGCGCCGUCGCGGAACCGCUCCAAGACCGCUCUGUACGUGACCCCCCAGGACCGCGUGACGGAGUUCGGCAGCGAGCUGCACGAGGACGGCGGGAAGCUCUUCUGCACCUCCUGCAACGUGGUGCUGAACCACGUCCGCAAGUCCGCCAUCAACGACCACCUCAAGUCCAAAACGCACACCAAGAGGAAGGCGGAGUUCGAGGAGCAGAACGUCAGGAAGAAGCAAAGGACUCUGACUGCCUCCCUGCAGUGCAACAGCACUGCCCAGACAGAGAAAAGCAGCGUGAUCCAGGACUUUGUGAAAAUGUGCCUGGAAGCCAAUAUCCCCCUGGAGAAGGCCGAUCACCCCUCUGUGCGAGCCUUCCUGUCCCGCUACGUCAAGAACGGCAGCUCCAUACCCAAGUCGGAGCAGCUGAGGAAAGCCUAUCUGCCUGAUGGCUAUGACAAUGAGAACCAGCUCAUCAACACUGAAGACCGUUGAGAAGAGAACUGUUUUCAUCCUCGUUGUGAAGUUUUACAUAUUGAUGAAAUGACAAUCUACUCCUGAACUUAGCGGUGUGCCGCAGAUUGUUGCUAACCCUGCUGUGGAUUUCAGAGCUACACUGAUGUAGAGCUCAUGAGGAAUGUAGGGAGCAUCCCUGGCAUACACCUGAUCUCUGUUCAGUCCAGCUGUAAGUGAGGCUGAGAAAAAGGCACUUGAAUGGAGGACCCCACUUCAUAGUGCAUCUAAGAAGACGGUGUGGUAGGGAAUACUACUCGUGGCAGUGGAUUGCUGUGUCCAGUAUCCUGUCCCUGAGUGACCAAGAAGAGGUGCUGCACCUUUGAAGCUCUAGGAUGGUUAGUUAAAAUAUCACUGCUCUGUUGGGGGAGGACUAUUGCAACUUUCUAUUCAAGCUUGGUUUAUGUUUUGAAACAGGAAACUUUUUUCUUCUAGAACUCUCUUAUGCUGUUUGGUGCAACUGUGGAUGUGUUCAUUAUCCAGCUUAACCAGCCAGUCUCUUGUACUGACCUCUGAACUCCACUAUUCUCAUAAGGCUGGGAGUUCUGCAGGUUUGCCAUGUCUGCUUUUCUAAAAUCACCAUUUCUUUGUCUUGGUUUCACAUGCCCCCUUCUGUUUUAGUGCCAAUAUUUGAAAGCUGAGUAGACAAACCAGUAACUGAGUGUGGUUUGCAGUGCAGCUGCUGUCAAGUGAAACUUAUGCUGGACCAAGUUCUUAGCAGAGAAGAUUAAUGCCUUUUUCCUACUAGCAGGACUAAGCUAAAUCUAAAUUGAGGAUGGCAGAGGCACUAAAUUGAGGAGUUGGGAAGGUUUUUUCAUUGUGCACAGGAGAAGAGGCUGCUCCAUCUUUUCCUGAAGGUCCUUUACACCUCUGGCCUUGUCACAGCAUUGCAGUCAAGGGAGGUGAAGUGAUUAAAAUAGUUUUUAAAUCAGUUACUGCAAAGACUCUUCAGUACUUGAAAACACAAGUAGGAAGGCAGAUACGUUUUAAACUUAUAAUGGAAUUACAGACCUGGGCUGUAUUUCUUACUCUGUGCCAUGGCCAUAUCUAUUGGACUGGCAAAAAGCAAAAUGGGAAAUUGAAAAAUUACAGUAAUACUCUCUCCAAAAUACAGUAAACAGUUACUAAGCUAUUCCAAAUGAUGAUGCCAAAUAGUUCACCUAACACAAAUGUUCCAUUAAGGUUUGGAACGAAACGAGGGAGUACUGUGCAAAGUGCUGGAAUGAACUGUCCUCUGCCUGCUCUAGAUCUCCUGGAGAUGCUCUGGGUUCAGACAGGUGCCAAGCGUCUCCUGGGGGCACAGGAAUCCUCCCUCUCCAUGGGUACAAUGGCAUAAGGAUGCUUUAACUCCUGAGGGUGCAGCCAGUUGUCCAGCUUCCUUUCCCCAGCAGAGUUUCGCAGCAGUUUAUUUACAGCAAUACCAAGGAAUUGCUGAAAAGACACAAAAUAACGAGAUUAUUCUGGGUUUAGAGCUAUUUCCCCAGCUGUAUCUAGAGCAGUCUACUUUGCUGGGCUGAGAGAGACUUACAUACUUAGUAACAACUAUUUUUUGUGCAAUUAAUCUGCAGAAAUGCACUUGUGUUCCAUGCCCCAUUAUGAAACCUGCUGCAAUAAAUGGACAAAGCUAAAAAGCAGAAGGUUUCUUACCCAUGUGCAUCAAUCCAGGGGUGCUCAGCCCACUGCUGGUCUAGGACUUCAGACAGAAAUAACAGUAGCAACUUUUUAAUCUAAUCCUAGAGAUCAAGGUAUGCCUUCCUAAAUAUAAUUUUUUAUUGCACAAGCUUGGGUUUAGCUUAAAAUCCUUAACUGCCUUGGGCUAGAACUGUUUAAUAAAUCUUCUGAAGACAAGUGAAAGGUAAACUGCCAAUAGCCAUUUCUGUCCUGACAAGAACUGAAAGUAUUUUCUCACAGCUGCUGUUUCCUUACAGUGAAACAACAUCCUUGCUUUAAUUUUUAAUCUUUAUUGAAACCUCAGCAAUGCGAGCUUAGAAUUGAAGCAAAUGGAGAAUAAUGGGAUAUUGAGAAAACAAAAGCAGCUAGAGAAGUGGGAUGGUCAAAAGGUAGGAAUUUGGGCUAGUUCAGUCAGCUUUUGCUAACAUGGGAUUUUGCAGGCUGCACCCCAUAACAAUUUUAUAUGGGAUUAGAUGCUGUGUGUUCUUCUCUUGACUGACAGACAUUUUGAAAUGCUUCAUAGGAACAUUAAAGAGGCUCCUGCGUAACUGAAAAAAAACAAAAAGAAAGAAAAAAAUCAAGUUGCUUUCAAAGUUACAGUUUUACAUUAAAAUGAAACAAUGUUCAAGUGUAAUGAACUCAAUUUGCAGGACAUUGCUGUUUUAAUAAUAGGAUAUUUUCAUUGAAAAAUAAAGCCACAAUACUUUUCAAGCUUUUUUGAAAAUCAGGACCUUGAUCCAUUGCAACAAACAUUAGUAAUGGAGUAAAGUAUGAAAAAUAAAGCACUUCCAGGUAAUCUAGAAAGAAUGAAUAAGUUUAAAAUCAUGAACUUAACCCAAAUCAUCAAGACAUUUUUAAAGAAAAUAUGAGUAAGUGGUUGCAUUCUGUCACGAAACAAGUCCUGCAAACACUCAAAUGCAGAACAUAAUUUUGCCAGUAUGGCUGCAGUUGGAUAAAACAUAACUUUCUUUUAGUUGCUGUUGAUCUCAGGGAAGAUUUACAGCAGAAGUUUUCUCAUCUAUCUAAACCUAAAGAAUAACUAAAUCCUAGUUUUGAGGCUGUGAUGGAGUUGUUUGAACAGUCACCAUUGGGGAUUCUUGUGCAAGAAUGUAUUUCCUGUAAAGAAGAAAAUUGUCAGAAGUAAAGGGAGGGUGGUAACAGUGUCGGCUUUUCACUUUACAUCCAAAUGUAGGACAAGCUCUAAGGGAUACUUUCUGCCAUGUGGUUUUAGGAAUAUAUUUGAACUCUAAAUGUAAUAGAAAAAAAAUUAAAAUAAGAAAUAUUUUCUUCUCUGACCAAUACUUAAACUAAUUUAGCCAAAUUAGCUAAAAUUACUCCCAAGCAUUUUUCUUGUAACAAUACUUGCAACGAUUGAAAUACAAACAGGAGCAUUCUCUGUUGUGUGACUCCUUACAGGGACACACCAUGCUAGUUUCAGCUUGCAUGUUCUUGAAAAAAACAGGAGCAAACUUCAAAAUUUUUAAUCAUUUUGAAGUCUGUAAUUUGGCAGGUCCCAUGGGAAGGUGAAGCAUUCAGCAUAAUAAAAGGGAAUUGUUUUUCACUGGAGAGAGAAACUUGUUCUGCACAGUAUGGGAUAUUCUCAUGAUAGAAAGGCUGGUUUUAGCCAGAGCCCAUUUUAGUAAUUCUGUUGAACUGAAGAGUGAGAUGCUCCCUGUUAGGUUUUGCAGCAUAAUGAGCUGAUUUUCAGGAAAAAGGAAAAAAAAAAAAAAAAAAGCUGGAACUUUGGCAAGGAUAAUCUCUAUUUAUAUUUACAUAUAAAAAGAGGCAAGGCUCACUGUUGUUGCAUUCACAUUGUACUCACUGCUACUUACUCUGUGUAAUUUGAGUGCUUGUUGUCUUUGUACAAUUUUAAAGUCGUGUCUAACUUUCAAAAUAUUUUUAUUUUAACAAAGUUUCUCACUGUAAUAGUGCUGUUAGAGUUUAGUCUCUUUUGGUCUAAUGAAGAUGCUUUAUUUUUGUUUUGGUGGUAGGGAUGUUUUGUUGAUGAUGAGUGGCCACAGAAAUGGUUUUAUUUAAAAAAAUAAGUCAUGAACUUAUGAUUAGAUACUAGAGUGAGGCUGAAGAUACCUGCGUCCUGCAGUGCCACAAGACUUCCUGUAGGAACAGUAAGACCAGAGUAAGUGAUUUAAGUUUUUAUAUUAAAACAAUACUGAAGAGAAAUACUUUACAUUGUAAAGUUUUCACUUGGUAAUGAAAAAACGGUCUCUUAAAAAAAAAAAUAAAGGUAUUCCUUUUUUAUAGAA